GGAAGUUAAAAAAAAAAAUUCCAUACAACUAUAAAUAUUCACAUUAAAUAUACAGUCUAGAAAUCAUAGAAUUUGAAGAAGUUUAAUUACAGAUUUGCUAACUUCAAACAAAACAAAGAAUGUUUCAACAACCACGUUAUUUUGAGAAUGUGUCACUGAGAUUGUCAGAGGUUCUUGCUGAUAUAGGAGUGAAUGAGAAAAUUGUUCAGAAAAGAAGAAGAACAUUCCUGCUGAUGGAAUCUAUGAGUACAAUAUCAGCACAACUAAUGAAUGUGAAUGAGUUAUGUUCAUCAUACUUCUUAGGCAGUCAGUCUGAGGGUUCUACUACACCGGGACUUAAAUCAGAUAGUGAUAAACUUAUCUAUGAUAAUGACAAUAAUCUGAUACAAGACUGGGCUGAAUGGGAACCUGAUGUGAGAAAUUACUUGAUGAUACAGGAUGAGACUGUAUCACCUGGUUAUUGUCUUAUACAGCUCCUGAGAAAUGAUUCUCCUCUUCUUUACAAUGAUGUACAUGUAUCUAACCAAUAUCAUUUCAGAGACAGAACAGGAAGAAUACUGCUAAAAAAACAUAGUCAUGACAGAAAUUGCAGCUGCUUCUUUUUAUGGGCGAGGACUGAGACACGGUCCAGCAUAUGCAGAACAAGGACAACCAGGGUUUAAUGAUAUUGACAUUGUUUUUGCUUUCCCCUGUACAUCAUGGCCUCUACAAGCUAGACAAUGGUUAGACUGGCAAGGUGUAGGUCAGUGGCCUUCAGAUCUCAUGAAGAGGUAUUGUAGCAGUACUGGAUGUUUUGCUGUUGGUGUUGGAAGCAAGGGCAGUGAAAAUGAAGAACUGGAAUGGAGAAUAUCAACAUCUCUAGCAGAAAGGUGUUUAAUGUUUAAUCUCGAUAUUACACAGAUUCGAUGUUAUGUGUUGAUGAAGAUGAUCUUAAAAACCUUCAUCAAACCAUACUUUGAAGACACCAUUUCAAGUUUCAUGUGUAAAACAGUUCUGUUCCAUUGUAUUGCAAAUACAUGUUUAAACAUUUGGAGAGAAAAACACUUACUUGUUUGUCUAUCAUUGUGUUUAUCUGUCCUGUAUAAAAGCAUCUUAAAUGAAAACUGUCCACAUUUUAUCAUAUCUGGAAACAAUUUGAUGCGAGGACAUAUUCCUCAUGAAUCUAAACCUUACAUUCUUGAAAUACUGAACUACAUCAUAAACAGCGAAGGAAGAGCAUUACUGGGUAUUGAGUGUGAUUCUCUUGGUGCAAGGCUUCAGCUAAAGUUGAGUAAUUUGCUCUUUGGGUUUGAAUUCAAAACAAAUGACAUUAUUUCAGGGCAUUUAUUACAAUUAACUGCACAUUUCAUUCAUUUCAAAAUACAAGAAUGUCUAAUUGAAAUUACAAACAGUAGUUAUGAAGAAGCUAUACAAACACUGCUGAAGGAUAUUUUCAAACUAGCCAUUAUUUAUGAUCAAUCCCUGGGACUGGAUAAAACAGCUUGCAGUCUUCUGGCUCCACAGUUCUGUACCACUCUUGGAUCUGUCCUGGGGUCCUACAACAUUCAACUGUUCAAUGCUAUAUCAGCAAAAGCUUUCACCUGGAUCUCAAUGGGUCUGAACACAGAUGUUUCAUCUAGUAAACUGAAGCUGGCAUCCAUGUUAUACUGUAUAGGGGAUACUCAAAGAACAGAAAUUGUUCUCAGAGACACUGAAGCAAACUAUGACCUAAACAUUGUUGAGCCAAUUUGUAGGUGUUAUAGUUUUAUCAAACAAGCUACAAGAAGAGGAUUCUUUGCAAUAUCUAACAAUCAUAAUGUAGAAGCUAUACAGUACACUACAGCAUUCUGUGUCACAUUUCUGCCAUGUGAAAUUAACUGUGUUCCGCAUGAACUAAGAUAUGAAAUGUUUAGAUCUACACAGGAGGACCUACCUUUCAGAGGUAUACUUGACUUCUGGAUGGACUGGGCAGUGGUAGAUUCUCUCCCUUACCUGUACUUUCUACAAUACAAGACCUACAGCAAUAUUCAGAGACAUCAAGAAAAGCAAAGAGCACUUUUCAACCUAGUCAAAACCAUUGACCAGGAACCAAACCUUGCACACAGGGAAACAGCUCUAAAUCUACUGGGACAGUGUAUGGAACAAGAGGACCGAGCUAGAGAUGCUUUACAUUGUUAUUUAUUAUCUCUAAAUCUAAGGGAGAGAAACAAUGCUGCCAAGCUCCAUAUCUGUAGACUGCUGUCUACUUUGGUAAAUGACUAUUAGUUUUAAAUGAACAAAUAAGUUAUUUGAACAGUAAGUUUGUCCAUAUCUGUCAAAUAUCAUAAGUAACCUGUAAGGGACAUAAAUAUUCCAAGUUAUCAGACCAGUAAGUGGAGAAUAUCAUUUAUUUAUU